AUGUAUUCGCUUACCCCAAAGUUGUCUGAUUGUGUUACCGCAAAGCAGGCAAUGCGCUCUCAUUUCUUGAAGAAGCUUCGGUCAUGGGCUCUUUCUUGCCCAGACGAACGCCAGAAAUAUUCCAUUACUGUAUGUGAUGCCCUGUUCAAUUAUUUACAUGACAAGUACCUUUUUACACCUAAUUCCAAAUAUGAGAGUUCUACUCUCGAAAACAGAGCGAUUGCAGGAGCGUCUGCAAUGCCCCUAGGCUUCGAUGGUUUCCCAGUGAAAAGACGGCAGCUGUAUGUCUGCGCCACUCUUCCAUUGUAUUAUGAAGUAGAUAUCCUACCACUACUAGAUCGACUUUGGUCUUGGCGCGAGGCGAGUGAAAUUGGCGUCAAAUGGGGUGUGGCAUCCAAUUCUUCCAUUGCGCCUACAGAAGUCUUUACUAUGGUGCCAGUGGUCGUGGAUCCCAUUGGUGUGGGGUCGAAGCUGAAGAAAGCCAAGUCACCGGAGGAAUUGUCAACGCAUUACGCAGAGUGGCACCACCCCGUUACCGAUGCGCAUAUUAGACUACGCCGAGGAAUGACUUUAGUGGAGGUGUACGAUGCCAAGGAUUUGAGAGACUCCUUUGAAAUCUGUGGCCCACUGAAAUUGCGUGAGCUAAAAAGCAGUGAAUUCGAGUCCUUUUUCAUGAGACGCAGGGUCGUAAACCAAGGAUGGGGAAGUCACAGUAAUGUAUUCCCAGGCACGACAGGUCCUAACUCACGACAUCCACGGCGAAUUCUACCCUGCGGAGACUGGGAGAGCUUAUUUCCAGAGCACUUGCCACCUCCAGGACUUUUAUGGCCUUGGGGUGGUGGGUAUAAUUAUCAGAAUCUCACCAUGGAUCUCCGAAUGAACCACAACGAUGGUGAUCGUGAGUCCUCCGACUUGCAAAGGACUUAUCUUCUUGAUGGGGGUUCAGAGGUCAGUAACGUGGAUGUUGUCGUGCUGACUCCUGGAGUGUGCUUUCAGUGGCUUGGAGGCCUACGCCUGGGAAAGGGAGGUGGGUUCUACGAUCGCUUCUUAAACUACCUGCGAUCCAUGAGCGAAAAUGGGAGGAUGACACUUCCAUCCACUCCUGAUAAUGCGCCAAUUGAUGGUAGUCGCAGAAUAGAAGUUAAAAAACAUCUGUUAGUAGAGGCUAUUGGUGUUGGCUUUGAUCAGCAAGUGUUGAGUGGUAAAGAGAAUUCCAAAUCCAUGGAGAGCUUGUGGGAGUGUGUAAACGAGGAAGACGCCCAUGUUGACGCGAUCGCUACACCGUCAUCCGGUAUAGAAAAAGUAGACUACAUCGAUUUACAUAGAUUUAACCUGGGGAAAGGGAAGCCAUUACAUUUCCCCCAGAUUUAAACUUGAUGUUCAUGUUAUUUCUCUAAAUGCUACAAUAGAGCAAACUAGCUUUAAACCCUGGGGGUGCGCAGGUGAGUGCAUACCGUUUGUGAGAA